AAGGAAAGCAAAGUUAGAAACGAACUGGGAAAUGAGUCUUACUCUAUCAGAGAGAAAGAAGUCCUACUUCUGGCGAUUUCGUCCGUUUUGCGUUAGCUCUCUAUCAAAUGGCGAAGUACUUACGUAAAUGUCUAAGUGGAAAGUGUAAGGAAAAACAAGCAACAUUAUGGGGUGAGCAUUUUUCAAGUUUCUGCUUCAUUCCGUUCGUCGGAAUAUGUGGGUCUUUCCGAUGAAGGGCCCAACCAUGAGGCCAACGGCUGCAUUCGGAAAGCCGUCGGUGAAUGGGUUUUGGAUAACGUGGGUCCUCGUUGCUGUGUCAUGCUCAGGGUACAACAAGAAUGGAGACAAGGCGGCAAGAGCAGGUGCAGUGGUGAAUGUAACUACGGCUGGUGAUGAUGGGCGGAGGAAUCAACCACGUCUUGGAUUCGCUACAAAUCUAGAAGAUUCAGGAGUCUCGCAAGAGGCUCUCAGCCUGGCGUCGUUUCUUGAGUCAGAAGAGGCUGCUAGGGCUAAGCGGGAGGCAGACAAAGAAAAGAGAUGUAAAAAGAGGUAUAAAGCGGGUCUACGUUUCUUCGCGGAGUUGAAUCCAAUAAUGUCCCUAGCAUUGCGACCGGCGUUCACGAAAGCCUUCCAUGGUGAUCAGCAGGACUGGAUGAUCCGUUGCCACGAUGGUUAAGUCAGGAUAUUUAUAUUUUUGAAACUUGCUGGAGCGGGACUCUAGGCGACAACUUCAAUACACAUAGUUCGUUUUUUAUGACAGGCUUAGCGCGUUACUUCGGCAACGCGUUAUAGAUGCAUGCUGGUUGGAUUCUAGUGCUGCUCUAUUAAAGUUCUGCUCUAUAUUUUUGAAAUGUUCAGAGCUAACACUGAAAAACGAACUAUGUGUAGUGAAGUUGUCGCCUAGAAUCCCGCUCCAGCACAAGAUAUUGCUCCUGGAUUGACACAGAGAAAGUGAUAUUAUUUGUUGUAAGUAAAUAAAAAGUCCCAUACGAAAUUCUAAGGCCCGCAGAAAAUUGGGCUGUUGACGAUAAUCACAAAGUGGGCAAAGGCUCUCACAAAUGCAGGUAGAACUUGGUGGCAGCCGGAAGACGUUGCGAAAAUAGUCAAGAAAAGGGCAUGGUGUGAUAUCGACAGUGAGCAAUGGAAAAAGGUGAGAGUAGCUAGCAAGCAAUGGACCGAGCACGACCACCAGCAGAAAAUGGUACUCAGAGAAAUUGACUAUCUUCUUUAAGCGCAGUUAGUUCAGAAUCAAGAGCAUGUAGAAUAGCGCGCUUGUGCAUUUUGGUAUUUGCUCGCGUGUGCUGCCCCAGGACUGACGAAUCGGAGCGUAUUCUGUUAAGAGAAGUAGAUUGGCACACUUCUUACAUUUAUUUCGUAGUUCAUGUUCAGAAUAUUUUUUUAUCGAUUAUUGUCUGAGCUACGAAUUCAAAAAGCCAGAAGUGUCAAUGUGCGACCACUAAUCACGCAAAGAUGUGCGAAAUAUUUGUUGACACUUUUUUGCGUAGAUUAACCGCGGGCGUUCUAGUUUCGUGCGCCGAGAGCAAGCAGUAUACACUCGGCGUCUGAUGGCAGCAAAGGAGUUUUUGUAACCGGGAAGAGCGCCGAAGCCCAUUUUGGAAAUGCUUUUGAUGCUGUCGCAUCAGAAUAGAUUUGCCGUUGUAAGCGUGAGAGCGGAGUAAGGACAUCUACAUCGCAGCUAUCUAGUAUCGUAUCUCGAUUGUUCUAUAAGAUUUAUCAGCUUACACAACAUGGAGAAGACCCACAGAUUUCAGAUUGGUCAAUGAAUUCGUGUUUUUCUUGAGGAUCCCACCAUCUCAAUCCCCAUAUUUUCCCAUUCAGUGCGGCUUGGAUAAGAGUUUUACUGCGAUUCUGCAAGGGAAUCCGGCAAAACUCAUUGCAACAAUGGGGGAGAAACCACUUCUAAAUACCGACGACGAUUUCCUGGCGCCAUAUCGCGCGGCUGAGGCAUUCCAGGAAUUGGCAGGGGCAUUAUAUUGGCGGCUGGACCUGUUUGACAUGGAUCACGCAUGGAGCUGUGGUGUUCCGAGUUCAGAAGUUUCUCACGUGGAAGACACAAUGGGCGAGGAGGCAGCAGAGAAGGACGCGCAAAUGCUCAACUGGGUAUAAUUUCGCACUGCAUGUUGAAGCUUUGACUUGGUAGAACAGAGCAAAUGUUUUGCUGACGGGGACUAGAAUGCUCCUAGUUGCAAACUCAACCCGAGAUGGACGGAGAGCAUGACAUCUCACCUACAUAAUUUCCUGAUGUACAACAACAAGGAAUUUGUGUUUUUCAUAGAGUCUAAGAGUAUUCAAAAAGACACUCCUUUCCAGGUUUUUCUCGGGCUUGAGCCUAAUACAUGGGGGCAUACUCCUGCUGGCAAACUGUUGACCACGGUGUUUACUGACAGAGUGGAAGCGGAGAUGACAGCCAAGGUCAACCCUCUGUGUAGCGACGAGACCAAGCAGUUUGCGUCCCGUUUGAAGGUAUUUUUUUUUCGUUUGGGUCGUAUGGAAAAAUACUAGGAAGAUCCUUUGCAGAUUUGAUGCUGAAUCUUGAAUUUUUGGUUGUAUAUGCAACUUUCAAACAUGAGCAAUUCUCACCUUGCAUACACUUCAGGGAGUCGAUUACUGGAGAUUUUACAAAAAUGUCGCGGAGGUGGGAGACCGCUUGAGCACUUUUUUAGAUCUUGUCCAGAGAAUAUGCUCUCCCUGGAACGUGUACGGAGCUUGGAAAAGUGAGGUGGAAGCUAUCGUCAUCGGCAUGGGGGCCGAUUUGCAUCGGACUUGGAACCCUGAAGACUAUGAGCUGGAAAAGUGGAAACACAUUCAACCAUCAGAUUCGAUUCGAGACUUCCCUCAAUCAUGCUACAUAGAUCGUAACUCUGGUGGUCCAUGGGACAAAGAGCCUCCUCCGGAAGAGCCACUGAAGUCGGAGGUCCCGGGUGUCACAGAUCAAGAGUCUGUGCCUCCAGCUCCGGCGGCAAAUGCAGAUGUCCUGUCUGCAGAUGCGGAUAUCGCAGGUGUCAGGCGUUUGCCACCAGCUGCGGAGCCAAGUACAGGUCAAGAGCCUCCGCCAUUAGACGCAGAUGCACAGUAUGGGCGAUUAGAUGCAGAUGCACUGUCUGAGACAUCAGACGACGCACAGGUCUCCCGAGAGAGUGGCGAGAAAUAUCCGGAGGAAUUUUCAGAAUUGUCUGACUCUGAGGGUGGCUCUGAGGCUAGUGGCCCACCGCCAGGGCCGUCAGCUCCGGCGUCAAUCCCAUAUGCAGAUGAAGCGCCUCCACAGCUGGCCGCGGGGCCACGUGCAGGCCCUAGUACUUCCACAGGAAGAGACGUUGAGACGCAGAACAAAUCAGAAGCUGCGGAUGGUAGCGCAUAUGAUAACGACUGGGAGGAUGAGGAGGAAGGCUCUGAUAUGGAGGCAAGCUCUGUGGCACCCGUGAAAUAAGGAUGGAAGGAGUCAUUAGAUUCUGGAAGAACUGAGCGAGGCUCUGGUCCGAUGCUACAGACACGUGGAUCUAGUACCACUUCUGUGCUUUGUGAGUCGGUUGUUUUCUGGAGCUGAUGAGAAUUAUUGAAGAUUUUUUAAUGGCGCAAUCAUAGCGUUUUUACACAACCGCAAAACGCAAGUACUAGCACAUAAUUCCGUAUGCUCUUUACACAAGUAAUCAAGAAUGGAAAGACAUCAAUACGGAUAUCAGUUUAACGUAACACGACCUGCAAAAGAAAAAA